UAAUAUUGGACUCGUUUGAAGUUGGUGCGGAACAAUUUUCCUUUACAUCUUGGUGAAGAGCUGCGGCAUAUUUCAGUCACAACAAACCAUGACUACUGUUAUGACCUCGAUUGAAGGCUAUGGUUUUCAACAGGGAAUUUCAACUCCUUUGCUGAAUUCUUUGGAGAACAUACCCGUUUCCACCACCUCAUUUUAUCUGCAGAAUUAUCAUAUAUCCUAUUCUACCUUUCAAUACACUCAGACAGGAGGAUAUUUCACAACCACAUCUUCUUAGGUCAACAAAGUACGUCGAUAUACCAAAUUUUAAAUUCAUCAUGAACUAAGAAAGCCACAGAUGUCUUUUGAACCUCAUGGACUUAUCAACACGUGGGCGUUGCAUGGUGCCUAUCUCGAAGCUAGCGAUCCCGAAAAACAAGAGUUUGCUACGGUUCCUUUGUGGCAGGAUAUCCUCAACGACUAUAUGGCGACUGAUGGUAUUGUUGUGAAUGGGCAACUGCAUCUGGCCAUGGAUGACACAACAAAAACUGUAGACAUCAUAGUUCGUUAUUAUGACACCGAAUUCCGCCCUAUCACUCUACUUAUGGUAGAAUGUAAGCGUUACAGCAGAACUCCUCGCUCUAUUCAGGAGAUGGAAGAACAACUUUAUGAUUUUGUAGGCGAUACUUUUUCACCAGAAGUAUUGGCACAUCGACCCAAAGUAUAUGGUGCAGUUGCAUGUGGAACAAAGAUUCGAGCUUGGACUGUUGUGUUGAACGGGGGCCAUAUUGAUCUCCGUCCUUAUUGGGGCAGCACUGAGUCUGCAGAUAUGGAGAGUUAUAAAGAUGCUGGAAAGGCUGGUGAUGCUACCGAAAUAUAUAACUUCUUUGCUGCGGCAAAGAGAGAGGCUCAAAAUGCAUUGACUGGCGCUUCAACAACAUCUGCUAUUCCACAAGCAUAAUAUACACCUGUUGCAACUUCCCCAGGUCAAGGGGGCUCACUCUGACUGGUGGCUCCGCUAGGCCCACACUGAUAGCUUCUUCUUCGGCUACCAAUACACAGUCCAGUACACCCGCGAGCCCGAUGAGAACAUGGUACUAUACGUACGCCACGAGAACCUACUCAUUGUAUUCCGAUUCAACUCUCGUUUCAGAUACCUCUAGCUCCCCAGAAAAUGAAUGGGUCUACUAUUGCGAUGGUGGUUGGCCUGGUGAAGGUUUAAAGAAAUGGCUUCUGUGGAAUGGAACAACUUCACAGUAUCAAUGAUUGAGGGUUACUUAGACCCUUCGUCUUUCAAAUUCUAUGUUUUCUUUGGUCUACAUACUACAAUAAGCUAUAAACUUCAACUUUCUUUCAACGAAGGGUUCAAAAUGCGAUGCUACGAGCAAGGGCAGGGGAAAUUGUUAACGUUCUCACCAAACCUUUCGAUAUUAUGAUGUUUUCUUCCUUCCCUCCUUUUUUUCUUUUGCUUUAACUUUAAUUUGUUUUUUUUUAGGAGGACCUUAAGCUCAAUUAUCAGGAUGAUAAUCGAAGAACCUUUAGAAAGGCUUCAUGAUGUAUGGUAGUAGUAAUUUCAUUUUUUUGGUUCAAGAUAUUUGUACAGUUAUUCAAAUGAGCCAUACGGAGAUUUCUUUUGUGUAUAAACAUUAACUAGGAAGUCAUAAGGGAUCUUUGUGAGUAAGAACUCCUCCCGUUCAUGUCGGAAGGUAUCUGCAAAUCGUAGUCUAUUAGCUAUCCUGAUAUAGCUGUUUUGCCUGCGAAGUGGACCACCAUCUCCUACCACUGGUGUACAAUUUAAUCUCAAACCAUCUCUCCGUCUACUAUUCUCCAUGCCUUCUAACCUAUUAUCUCCUUUAAUCUCCUUCUAUGAUAUCUUCUUUUCUUCUGCAACCCAAUCUAACAUGUCGAGGAGGAUGCUUCCGUCUAGGCCUUUGAUAGAGCGAGGGAGGCA